AUUAAUGUCACAUAUUUGCUAUUUGUUAUCUAUGAAAUAUGCAAUCUUAUAAAACAUUAAGUUAAUUUUUAGUUCGAAGGUAUUCUUUGGUCGAGUUUCGAACUGUAAAGGUGUUUUCGAAAUCGGUUUUACGCGCUUGUAUUUUGAUUUUUUUGUUUUGUUUUUUUGUUUUUACUGGAGGAUAUAACAUGGCCUUUAAGGAUACGUCAAAAUGUAUCUUUGCUAUCAUGAUACUUUUCUCAUCAAUUGCUUUGAAUUCAAUUGUCCAUUCAAUUCCUACAGAUCCCGUUAUAAUCAACACAGUUGCCCAACAUUAUGAAAAUCCAACACUUGAGCAAUACACACUUUGUACAAAAAGUCGUGAUAAAUGCAUCAAUGAUUGUGGAUUUAUGGAUAAAAAAUGUCAAGAUAAAUGUCAAAUAUGUCCAAUUUUAAUCGAUCAAGAUAUAUUAGUACAAGGCAUAAAUGACACGCUCUAUCGCUUGCCAAUAUCCAUAUCCAAAGCCAAUCAAACAAAUAUCAUAAGACUUACCAAUGAAAUUCGAAAUAUUAUUCGAACAAGCUUGGGUAAUAUCACAGCGCAUAAUACAAACAACAUUACAAUCUAUCACAAGGUAUCGAAAACUGGUGGUAAAUAUGGUCUAGGGUAUACAGAAAAGGGACCUUGUUGUCAUUUAAUUGAACCACAAAGAUGUCGGAGCAGUGUUAAUGGUCCAAUUUGUACACACAGACGUCAACAGACAUGCGGUACGCAUUGUAUUUCGCGUGUUAUGCGAGCUAAACGAGUUGUCACGUGUAGUGAAACAGAUCCUGACAAUUGUACGCAAUCAAUUGAAUAUCUGCCACAACCAAGACGUCCGGGAUGUCAAUACACAUCAAAAUGGCCAUUUAUAAGCUGCAAAAGCGGGUCGAAUUUAAGUCGAAAAAGGACUACUUGUGCUCGCUGUUAUCAGAUACCCUAUUUAAGUAUUAUUAGAGGCCAAGUUCCAAGAGCUUGUGUUCCCUGCUUUGGUAGAUCUAGUAGUGUUCGAAGACCAAGCCCAUCGUAUAUGCAAACUUAUUAUGGUGGCUAUCAGCCGGUUGUAUCUUAUCCAUCUUAUCAACCUUAUUCAUUUAUACAACCAUUAUCGGCACCACCACCGCCGCCACCGCAAACUCCAGCAUAUUAUGAUAACAAUUUCGAUGAAUCAAAUGAAAUGCCAUUUUCAUCAGCGGGACUUGACAGUGAGUUCAAAUUGGAAGAGCAAAAGUGUAUAAACGAAGAUGGAACAGUUAUUGAGAACUGCACAGAAGAAGAUAGUCCAUUGCAUUUGAAUAUUGGAACAAAUUUGAGAGAAGAUAACGGGGAUUAUGUUUUAUCGAACGAUGUGUCAGAUUAUGAUCAGUGUUGCCGCAGGCUUUUUCAGAAAAGUAACAAAAUUUUUUAA